AUGCCAAACCAAAAUCCCCUUGUCGAUUCAGAAGAACCAAACGAUAACAAAAACAACAACAACAACAACAACAACGACCACCAUGUCCCCACCACCCCAACACCACCACCACCACCACCACCACCACCAACCUACCCAACCGGUCUCCGCCAAAAUCUAACCCUCCUCGCCACCUCCCUCAGCAUAUUCCUCGUCUCCCUCGACUCCACCCUCCUCUCGACCACCAUCCCCUCCAUCCUCGACACCUUCCACCACCUCUCCCACACAACCUGGUACACAACCUCCUACAUGCUCGGCAUGGCCACCACACAAGCCUUCUGGGGCAAAGCCUAUUCCUGCUGGCCUCUCAAAUCCACAUUUCUCAUCUCUGGCAUUAUCUUUUCCACUGGCGCGGGAAUUUGUGCCGUUGCGCCGACAAGUGAAGUGUUUAUUUUGGGGAGGGUUGUGGGAGGGUUCGGCGGGGCGGGGGUUGCGGCGGGGACUUUUUUGAUUGUGGCGUGUACGGCGCCGGUGGAGAAGAGGCCGGUGAGGUUGGGGGUGGUGAGUUUGUGGUUUGUUGUUGCUGCUGUUGUGGGGCCUUUGGCUGGUGGAGUUUUGGCGACGAAGGUAUCUUGGAGGGCGGGCUUUUAUGUGGGUCUUCCUAUCGGUGGAAUUUCUCUCGUGUUAAUUUUUUUCUUUUUCGAAACUCCUGCUCAUGCCAGACCCGCCCCCUCGAGCUUCAGGGGCAAAUUACUCCAACUGGAUUUCGCAGGUAUGCUCCUGACCAUCGCAUUCGGAGCUUGCCUGGUCCUAGCACUCCAAUGGGCCGGCAUAACCAAGUCCUGGAAAUCCGGCCCUGUCAUCGGAUGUCUUCUCAGCGCAGGCCUCGCACUCAGCCUUCUCAUCAGCGUCGAAAUCUUUCUCGGCGAGCUCGCCGGCCUCAGUAGUCGUUUGAUCCGCCAGAACAAAACCAUCGCAUUACAACUCCUAUUCAACAUCACCGUCUCCGGAACCUACUAUCUCAUGCUCUACUACCUCCCCCUCUUCUUCCAAAUCAUACAAGGAGUCAACGCCGCGCAAUCCGGCCUUCGAAUUCUCGCUCUCGUGGGAACUUCUGCCCCCGUCGCGAUCCUCUCCGGCCUCAUUCUCUCCAACACGCAAGAUUACCAACUCAUUAUGCUCAUUAGCGCCAUCUUCAGCACCGUCGGAAGCAGUUUAAUUUUCACCUUGGGCCCGCAAAGUAGCACGCUGCAAACUAUCAAAUAUCAAAUUUUCGUCGGCAUCGGUCUCGGGUUGAGUAUUCAAUUGAGCAUCAUCGUCUGCCAAAAUGUCGUUGCUGCAUCAGAUCUCACUCGCGCGAAUACGUGGGCUUUGUGGAUUCAAUUGUUAGGCGGAGCGGUCGUUUUGGCGGUUGCUCAAUCUGCUGUGUCGAAUCGUCUUCUGGCCGUUCUGCCGGAGUUUGCACCACAAGUAUCUUCUGCUGCGGUUCUGGAGGCUGGACCGGGGAAUUUUCGAGCGGAAUUGGAGGCGGAGCAGAUUGGGGAAGUGGUUCGAGCGUAUAUGUCUGGGUUGAAAAUUGCUUUUGGAAUUGCUUUGGCGUUGAGUUGUGGAAGUGUUGUUGUGGCUUUGCUCGUGUUGGUUGUCGAUCGUCGUAAAUUGGGCGAUGGUAGGCUUGGUGAUGCGGAGAAGUUGCAGGUUGAGAGCGCGUCGGAAGAGACGGUAGCUUAG